AUGGAAAAUGAUCAUGGAAAAGAAAUAUUCCAGAGUGUUGAAUUCUUUGCAUUAUUUGAGAAUGAGGUGUACCAUCUGUCUCUCCCUUCUGUUUUCUUCUUUCUCUCUUUUCUUUCUCUUUUCUCUUCUUUCUCUUUUCUCUUCUUUCUCUUUUCUCUUCUUUCUCUUUUCUCUUCUUUCUCCUUAACUGUUGCUUCUUCCUUCAUGGUGUUUUAUAUUUGUUUUUCUUGUUUUUUGAAUUCCUUUCUUUUUUUCUUUCUUCCUAUUUUUCAUAUUCUCUUUUUCGUCUGCCAUUUAGGAAGAUUAUAUAUUCUGCAUUCAAUUUUUUAUUUUUUAUAUCUCUCUUUUUUCCUUCUUAUUUGUUUUUAUUCCUUUUCUUUUUCAUCUUCAUUCUAUUUUAAAUCUUUUACUUUAUUUUUGACAUUUUCUUCUUUGCUACCUAUCCCCUACAUCAUUUUUUACAUUUUCUUCUUUGCUACCCUCCCCAGACUUUAUUUUGGACAUUUUCUUCUUUGCUACCUAUCCCCUACUUCAUUUUUUACAUUUUCUUCUUUGCUACCCUCCCCAGACUUUAUUUUUGACAUUUUCUUCCCCUAUCCCCUACUUCAUUUUGACAUUUUCUUUUUGGACUUUAUUUUUGACAUUUUCUUUUUUUUACCCUCCCCUAGACUUUAUUUUGACAUUUUCUUCUUUGCUACCAUUCCCAGACUUUAUUUUGGACAUUUUCUUCUUUUGCUACCCUCCCCAGACUUUAUUUUUGACAUUUUCUUCUUUGCUACCUAUCCCCCACUUUAUUUUGGACAUUUUCUUCUUUGCUACCCUCCCCAGACUUUAUUUUUUGACAUUUUCUUCUUUGCUACCCUCCCCUACUUCAUUUUUUGA